GUGCAGCCAGGCAGCACCUAAAAGAGAGCAGCCAUGCAGGUGCACACGUCGGAGGUGGCCCGGCUGUACCAGACGGAGUUCAUCCGCAGCGCGCGGGCGGUGGGCGUGCUGUGGGCCGUCUGCACUCUCUGCUUCGCCGUGAUCGAGGUGGUCAUCCUCAUCCAGCCCUCAUGGGUGGGCACGCGCCAGCUGCACUACCGGCCCGGAUCCCCGCCACCCCAAGCAGGCACGCUGGGCCUGUUUGAGGUAUGCCUGGAGACCGACUGGCCGGUGCCCGAAUGCCGCGGCUCGCUGCGCACCCUGACGCCGCUUCCGGCCUUCCAGUCGCCCGCUGUGCUGGUGUGCAUUUCGCUGGCCAUGGUCUGGGCCUCCGUGGGCUGCCUUUGCCUCUUCCGCUUCUGCAACGCCGCCACAGUGUACAAGAUCUGCGCCUGGCUGCAGCUCACUGCAGGAUUUUGCUUGGCCCUGGCCUGCGUGCUGUUCCCAGACUCCUGGGACUGUGCGGAGAUGAGGGCCCUGUGCGGGGAGAGCGUGAGCAGCUUCUCCUCAGGGAACUGCACUGUGCACUGGGCAUACGUGCUGGCCAUGCUGGGUAUCCUGGAUGCUGCCAUCCUGGCCACACUGGCCUUUGUACUAGGCAACCGACAGGAUGCACUCCUGCCUGACGACGUCAAGGAUGUGACAGGAUUGCUGCUGGCACCAUAGGCCAACAUUGUGAGCCAAGGACAACUGCUGUGUGCCAGAAAAAAGAAGUUCUUGAUCGUUGUCCUUCCUUCACCUUCACAUUAAAGUCCCCUCAUUGCAUUAGCAGGGAAGGAAGGGAAUGAAGGAAGAAAGGAGAGAAACCGUGAGGAGGGCGUGCUCUCUCCUCCCCCUCACUCAUUACAUCACGCCUCACAUGCUCCACUUACAUAACGCCCCUGCAUAGAAACGGUCUCCUGGCAACCACACUGAUUCCGCAGUCGCCAUGUAGGAGGGGAAUGGGCGGAGAAAACUGGAGAGGAGAUGAGAGGAACGUUGCCUGGCAAUGUCAUGGAUUCUCCAACCUGAUUUAUUUGCUCUUCAGACAUGAGAGAAAAUUACUUUUCAGGUUUUCUUUUUUUUUUAAGUUAGCCCCCAUGUCACAUUUCAGAGAAAACAUCAAUAUCUUCCAUUACAAGUCCUGAGAUUCAAAUGUCAUCAAGUGUGUUUACGA